ACAUGCGCCAACUGUGAUACCUCUACAACACCAUUGUGGAGAAAAGCAGAUGAUGGUCAGAGUUUAUGUAAUGCUUGCGGUCUUUAUUUGAAGUUACAUAAAUCUCAAAGACCACUUUCCAUGAAGACAGACAUUAUAAGAAAACGCACACGU